AUGAGAUCAGGAUUCGAGGCUACGACCACUCUUCCUUCACGCCUCGGAAGCCCAGUACUGUCGACAAAGGAAGCACCUGAUCAAUGCACGAAACCUGCUAUCGUUGGAUGCAGAUUCAGGCCUGUUGCCGACAGCGUACAAGUACGCUGUGUCGUGCGUCAGCUGCUAGAACACUCUCCUUUUACCAUUAGCCGGGCUCGACCCAUGACCUCAGCCUCAACUCUCAACCCGCUUGAGUAA